UAAAUGCCCUGAACAGCACUGGGGUGUGGUUCUGCACUCCACAUUUCCACAGAGCUGCUGUAUUUGUUUCUGGUUUGGCAAGUUCCUUCCGAAAUGAAUUCAGUGUGCUUGGUGUAGUCUCAAGUUGUUGAAAGACCAAUACAGAAAACGUGUUCCUACGGAGAGUACAUUAGCACAUAGGAAGGAUGGUUACUGAGGAAGACAAUUUCUACGGAAAACAUGGAGAACCACAGAAAUACGAUCCAGCAUUCAAAGGCCCCAUUCAUAAUAGAGGAUGUACAGAUAUAAUUUGCUGUCUUCUGUUCAUCAUCGCAAUCAUUGGGUACUUCAUUGUAGGAAUUGUAAGCGUUCCGGAGGUGAUGAGAGAUGAAGAUUGCCCAGCGAUGCUUACUCCAAGCAAACCAUUUAUUCGGAGAUGUUUCCCUGCACUCAGCACUUCGAAAGGUGUAGUUAUGAUUGGCAAUUCUACAACAUUCGAUGCUGGCGAAGGAAACAAGACUCGCAAUGUAACCGACUUGUUGGAAGGCGCCAAAAAAGCAAACGCUGUUUUGGAAGCCCGCCAGGUAGCAAUGAAGAUUUUUGAGGACUACACAGUCUCAUGGUAUUGGAUCAUAAUUGCAUUACUGGCUGCCAUGAUACUGAGCUUAAUUUUUGUGGUCCUGCUUCGAUUCCUGGCUGGAAUUAUGGUGUGGGUUAUGAUAAUCCUGGUGUUUGCAGUCCUGGUAUAUGGAAUUGUUCACUGCUAUAUGGAGUAUGCUGCUUUGAAAUCGGAACAAGGCUCUGACGUGUCCAUUAAAGAUCUUGGAUUCCAGACAGACCUUCGGGUUUACCUGCAUUUGAGACAGACCUGGCUGGCUUUCAUGAUCAUCCUCAUUAUUUUGAUUCUUAUCCUCAUCUUGGUGCUUAUAUUUCUUCGGAAGAGGCUUCUUAUCGCUAUUGCACUUAUUAAGGAGGCCAGCAGAGCAAUUGGCCAUGUGAUGUCAUCGCUGGUUUUUCCACUGUUCACUUUUUUUCUGCUGUGUCUCUGCAUUGCAUACUGGGCCAUCACAGCAGUAUUUUUGUCCACAUCCAACGAUGCUGUGUUUAAAGUAUUUGCCAAUGAGUCAGCCUGCAAUUACACUACAGUUACAUGUGACCCAGAGACAUUCAACACCACCAACAUCACAAAACUUUGUCCAGAAGCUAAGUGCCUGUUCGCAUUCUAUGGUGGAGAGUCCAAGUACCACAAAUACCUCAUCUUUUUCCAGUUCUACAAUGUCUUUUUGUUCUUUUGGUUGGCUAACUUUGUGAUUGCUCUGGGGCAAGUAACAUUGGCGGGGGCCUUUGCAUCAUACUACUGGGCAUUUAAGAAACCAGAUGAUAUGCCAGCCUUCCCUCUGUUUGCUUCUCUGGGACGAGCUAUCAGGUAUCAUACGGGCUCCUUGGCCUUUGGAUCACUUAUCCUUGCUAUUGUGCAGGUUAUCAGGGUGCUGUUGGAGUACCUGGAUCACAAGCUAAAAGCUGCCCAGAAUAGCUGUGCCCAAUUCAUGCUGAAGUGCCUUAAGUGCUGUUUCUGGUGUUUGGAGAAGUUUAUCAAAUUCCUCAACAGAAAUGCAUAUAUCAUGGUUGCAAUAUAUGGAACAAACUUCUGCACGUCUGCUAGGAAUGCAUUUAUGUUACUUAUGAGGAAUAUUAUAAGGGUUGCAGUAUUAGACAAAGUUACUGAUUUCCUACUUUUCCUGGGUAAACUGCUUGUAGUAGGAGCUGUCGGUGUCCUUGCCUUUUUCUUCUUUUCGGGUCGAAUAAAGAUAGUGAAAGACACUGUCCCCAUAUUAAAUUAUUACUGGGUCCCAAUACUGACUGUGAUUGUGGGAUCAUACCUCAUUGCCCAUGGCUUUUUCAGCGUUUAUGCAAUGUGUGUAGACACGCUGUUCUUGUGUUUCUGUGAGGACUUGGAAAGGAAUGAUGGAUCUGCUGAGCGGCCCUUCUACAUGUCCCCUGAGCUGGCUGACAUCUUGAUGAAGCACAAACUGGAACACUCAAAAAGCGCACAACAGCAGCAGGAAGAGGAAUAAGGCUGCCAGGCACUUACAUGGCAUGGAAGAUUUGGAGCGCAAUGACGGUUCAGCUGAGAGACCCUACCUCAUGUCUCUCGAGUUGCAAAAAGUUCUGAACAAAAAGAACACAGACAAACCACAAGCAGAAUAACAAAGG